AUGGGGAAAAUCAGUGAUCACAUCAAGGUUACCACUAAGAAAGAACAAGCCGUACCAGGUCGAAUUACCAAUUUGGUUGCUCGGCCGCUAGGUCCUGAAACAAUCGAAGUCAAAUGGGAUCCCCCACAAGGAGGGCCCAAAGCUCUUCGAUACAAACUUUUUUACAUAAGAAAUCCACCGGAAGACGAUGACAAGGAAACGCAAACUAUUAUUUCGUCUACAGCGUAUACUUUACAUGGGAUGGACAAGUUUACUGAAUAUCAGAUCCGUGUUGAAGCUGAAGGAGAAAACGGAAGUGGUCUGAGUAGCUAUCCCUUGAAGGUUCGCACGCUUUCGGAUAUUCCAUCGUCUCCUCCGCGAGACAUCGUUGCUGAAACCGCUUCAAGCACAAGCGUCAGAGUAACUUGGAGCGAACCAGAUCCUGAAAGCUCGAAUGGAGAAAUCACGGGAUACAGAACGGUACGGGACCAUAUUCGGAUUGGUUACCUGUCGCGACGCUUUUCCUCUCUUAUGGACAAACGGAAGGAAUUAGUCUGGAUUGGAUGGGGAAUCAAUGUUCCUGAUAUAUCGAUGGAACGUGUUGGGGCCAACGUUUUACAGCACACAGAAUUUCUGGGCUACGUCCAUCUAGAGAAUAUGUGA